UCAAGUUGUAAAUUUGUAAUCCCCCUUGUUCUUAUAUGCAGUGUUGCUCUUCAGCUCCCAAAUCUCGUUCUUCUCCCUCGUUUCGCCGUGGAUUCUGUGACGCAUUCUUCGUCUUUUUCCCCUGUUACAUUGCUACCCGUCGGAGUUUCGCGGAAUUUUCCCCCGUCUUGAUCUUCGGAUCCAUCGCUACUUUAACCUGGAUUCGCACGCUUGUUCCAUGGCAAGAUUCGCCGUUUCCGGCUUCUGAUCUCGAGAUAACAGGCAUGGAAUCUCCGGAUCUACUAUGUUUCAAGGUGCGACACUGUCCUGCUAUUGUGUUGUUGCCGUGACGGGCAACUGAUUGUCAAAGAACCGAGUCAACAAAGAUUUUCUGCUUUUUAAUCGAGAGAAGAGAAGAAAAGGAGCAGAGAUGAUAAACAAGACCCUCGUACUGACUUAUUUAUACUUACUGAUCUACAUUUUACUCUCAUCAGGAGUUAUCCUGUACAACAAGUGGGUACUGUCUCCAAAAUACUUCAAUUUUCCGUUUCCUAUAACACUGACAAUGAUCCAUAUGGGGUUUUCUGGAUUUGUGGCCUUCCUUCUUAUUCGUGUAUUCAAGGUUGUAUCUCCUGUUAAAAUGACAUUCGAAAUAUAUGUAACCUGUGUGGUACCUAUUAGCGCGUUCUUCGCAUCAAGCCUCUGGUUUGGCAAUACUGCAUAUCUGCACAUUUCUGUGGCCUUCAUUCAGAUGCUGAAAGCUCUAAUGCCGGUAGCAACAUUUCUUAUGGCCAUUGUGUGUGGCACUGACAAAGCAAGGUGUGAUGUGUUCUUGAACAUGGUGCUAGUCAGUGUCGGAGUUGUCGUAUCCUCAUAUGGGGAAAUUCAUUUCAAUAUAGUUGGCACAGUGUACCAGGUCACCGGCAUCUUUGCUGAAGCUCUGAGACUGGUGCUAACUCAAGUUCUUCUACAGAAGAAGGGCUUGACUUUGAAUCCUGUCACCAGCCUAUAUUAUAUAGCUCCCUGCAGUUUUGUUUUCCUGUUUGUGCCUUGGUACGUACUGGAGAAGCCAGCAAUGGAAGUUCCACAGAUCCAGUUCAACUUCUGGAUCUUCUUCUCGAACGCACUUUGUGCACUUGCCUUGAAUUUCUCAAUAUUCUUAGUGAUUGGGAGAACAGGGGCGGUAACUAUCAGAGUUGCUGGUGUUCUCAAAGAUUGGAUUCUCAUAGCCCUCUCAACUGUCAUAUUUCCAGAGUCUGCAAUCACUGGGCUGAACAUCAUUGGAUACGCCAUAGCUCUGUGUGGAGUUGUAAUGUACAACUACAUAAAAGUGAAGGAUGUGAAGGCGUCACAAGCAACUCCCGACAACAUUCUUCCAGAUCGAAUCAUUAAGGAUUGGAAGCUGGAGAAGAAGUCGUCGGAUAUAUUCAAGCCAAAUGACAGUGGAGAAAGCCCCCGAGGAGGCGGAAGCUUUUCAUCACCGGCUGAACCAAACGACGAGGAAGCCCGCUUGUUAACGUCUCGGUUGUCUCAUAUUGGUCGAACUCAGCUCCUCGGAACUCACAACGCCUAGUUCCAGAAAGAUAGAGACGUUUUGUUCUAUUGGUUUCGGUUUGGGAAGGGGGGGAAGAAAAGAGAAGAGCUGAAGCAAUGGUAAGACGCUUUCCCCAGGUGAAAAAUAUGUUUGUUUUUUUAAUUCGAAUCAAAACAUUAAAUUAAAAAUAGAGUAGCGGAGAAUAUUUCGAGGUUGGUAAGUUAAGAAACAAAAUCCACAGAUUGUUUGUAUUAAUGUGAAAGUUAAAAUGUUUGUUUCCAUU